ACCGCGGCCGGGCGUCAGUCGAAAUCACGCGUCGAUCGUUGUACGAGGUGACAUAAUACUGCAGCUCAUCGAAGAGACCACAGAAAUCAAUAUUGCCGUCGUGUCGCGUUAUAAACUAUUGUAUAUAUAAGGACAAACACGCGGGCAGACUUCAUUUAAUUCAUUACACUGCACAGUGCAAUAUCACAGAUCAUCGUGCGAGAGGAUCAGCUCUUGCAGCAGCAUCGUGUGUACUCAGUACAUUCACCGACAUUAUGAAGGUAUCUGCAGCGACCGCCGUCCUGGUCGCUCUGGUCGCCACCGUGCAGAGCUCAGACCCAUGUAAUAUAUCCACUUGUUACAAGAGUGGAACCACGAAGCCACCGACGACCGUGACGCCCACUCGUCUUCCGGUGCAGUCAUCGUCUACGCCAACCAGCCAUCAACAAACCACGUACGCUAAGGACCAUACGCAUAGUUCGAUCGCCGCUAAGUCUGGAGCUAAUGUCACGGCUACGACAGCCAGCGGAACGACUGUCAACGGCACGGAACGGCCAACCGUCGCAAAGUCUUCCUCCGGGGUAGCUGGAAAUGCCACCACACCAAAACCAACAAUGACAGAAGGACAUGUAGCUUUGAAACAGAAGUUGAACACAAUUGCGGUAAAGUGCAAGGAUGAGCUGCACGCACCUCAGGAAAUCAUGGCACUGGUCAGCAACACGGUGGUACCACAGAAUGAACAGCAAAGGUGUUAUUUAGAGUGUGUAUACAAAAAUCUAAAUUUGAUCAAGAAUAACAAGUUCAGUGUGGACGAUGGCAAGGCGAUGGCUAGGAUACGCUUCGCCAAUCAACCCGAAGAGCACAAGAAGGCGGUGACAAUAAUAGAAACUUGCGAAAAAGAAGCUAUUAUCGAUCCAAAAACCACCGAAAAAUGCGCGGCUGGACGAGUGAUUAGAAAUUGCUUCGUUAAAAACGGAGAAAAAAUAAAUUUCUUUCCUAAAGCAUAAGUCUGGUUAUGUGAACAGAAAACGGAAAGUAUGAGUUUGAACAUUUCAACCAAACACGGAUAUACUAUAAAUACCUAUAUUAUGUAAUAAUUAAUUAUUUAAGUUAUGAUUUUUACCAAUAAAACAUAAAAAAACAUUA